AUUUGCUUGUUUACGAAUAGAAGUAUUUCUUUUCCUAUCUUUCUUAAUAACUCCAUACAUCCAUCUCAACAUUCUCAUCUCGGAAACACAAAUCAUUUAUAUAUGUUGUUUCUUAACUGUUCAAUACUUAGAUCCAAAAAUCCAUUAUAAUAGGAAACAUAAAUAUCUAUAAAAGACUCCUGCUUGUCAAAUAGUUGUCUUAAUCCAAAAUAUAUCUAUAAUGGGUCUCAUAAGCGCAAAACAACUCAUGACACUUGCUCAAGUAUUUGGCGAGUAUAAGUAAGAAACUUUUAUCGGAAAAUCCUUGCGACUAAGGAAAACACUAUUUUUCUCGAUCAGCAACCACACUUGACUAAUGUGCAUUCUUCUAAGGCCUUACUGGUUUCUAUCUUGUGAUAAAUGAUUUUAAGUCACAUGUUGCCUCCUCUCAUUCUUCAGCUACAUGUUCCUACAUGUUCAGACACAGCCUAUCGGUGAAGGUUGAAAAGGCAUUACUUUUAGAGUCCAACUUGUAGGAAUGUGCUAGCCUGCAAAACUAUCUUGGAUGUUUGUGCAAAAGAACUGAAACUUAGUGGGUGAUGUGGGCAUGUAUCUGUGCCCAAACAAGAAAUAUGGAUUUUCUGAUUACAUUUUACUCUAUCCAGGCCUGAGCAGGAAACGUUGUGGCAAACAAGAGUUAUAUUUAGUUAUGAGUGGUUUGGAAAGGUCAAUUCUGGAGGAUCCACACAUUCAGCAAAAUGGCAAGCCUCUUGAAAAUGCUCUAGCUUCACAGUCAAUCUUUCAGCUGGGCUUGUUACUGGUUCUGCCUAUGGUUAUGGAAGUUGGUUUGGAGAAGGGAUUUCAGACAGCUAUUGGUGAAUUUAUUCUAAUGCAGCUGCAACUGGCUUGUGUCGUCUUUACCUUCCAGCUUGGGACUAAACCCCAUUACUAUGGGAGGACAAUACUGCAUGGAGGUGCAAAAUAUAGAACUACGGGCCAUGGUUUUGUGCUAUUUCAUGCGAAGUUUGCUGAUAACUACCGCAUGUACUCCCGCAGCCAUUUUUGUUUGAGGACUAGAGCUGUUGAUAUUGUUGAUUGUCUAUUAAGUAUAUGGAAAUUCACAUCGAAGCUCGACGCUGUACCUGUUCGUCAUGUUUUCUGUGUUUCUUAGUUGCUUCACGGAUGUUUGCAGCAUUUGUAUUCAACCCUUCCGGAUUUGAGUGGCAGAAGACAGUUGAUGAUUGGACAGACUGGACAAAAUGGAUGGAAAACCUUGGAGGAAUUGGGAUUGCAGCAGAUAGGAGUUGAAUCAUGAUGGGAGAGUGAGCAUACUA